AUGCAAAGCGGUACAUCAGUAUCUAAUUGGUCGAUAAAUAGAAAUCCUGUUUGGGUUGCUAGCUUACUAGCAAAAUCAGCGGGUUAUGAAACGAAAAAUCCAAAAGAAUUAUAUGACAUAUUUUCUAAAAUGACCUAUCAGGAAUUGAUAGCCUUACGCGCAAGAAAACCGUUGGAAUUAUUCUUUGACACGCAGCUCCUUCAUUUACCCUGUGUAGAAUCAAGUAUUUUAGACGAAGAGGCAGUGAUUACCGACUUACCAUUUAAUUUAUAUAAAAAUAUAUCUAAAGAUAUAGAUGUUAUUUAUGGAUCAACAAGUAGGGAGGGUUUUCUUUUAAUAGCCGGAGAUACGAAUGAAACUCUCGCAGAAAGACAUGGUCGCUAUUUGUUUGCAUCAGAUUUAAGGUUUUCAUCCGAUGAAGAAGGAUUUGUGAUAUCCAAGAAAAUAGAAAACUUCUACUUCGGUGAUGAAGUAAUUAAUAUGAAUCAAAUAUUGAAAGUAGCAGAAUUCUAUACACAUUUAUAUUUUGAGAUACCAGCAAUAUUUGAGACUGAAUGCUUAAUUGAUAAAACUCAAUCCAAAGUUUAUAAUUACAUUUUUAAUUACUCUGGUCAAAGAAAUUUUAUGAAAUUGCGAAGUGGUUAUUAUAAUGAGCCGGGAGCGAGCCACGCAGAUGAUCUAUUUUAUUUAUUUAAAGGUUCUCUUAUUCCUCCUAUAUAUACAAAAGAAGAUGAAAAAAUUAUUGACUUCAUGACUACUUUGUGGACUAAUUUUGCAAAAUAUGGAGAUCCCACGCCUGAUUGGACUGAUUCCGCAGUGAAAUGGGAACCUAGUAAAAAGCACAACAUGAAUUUCUUAUAUAUUGAUAAGGAACCAAAAAUAGGAUCUAUGCCAAACAAUAGCGCUUUUCAUCUCUGGAAGAACAUUUAUGAUAAAUACAGAAAGACCGAUAUCUAA